AUGUGCGACAAUUCUCUACGAAGUAUCUUAUUCUACACCUCGAAGGCUGAGAUUACGUUGCAUCUCAGUUUAUCUCAGCAUCUUGAACAGCCACACACAUCUUCGCCCGCGGACGCCGUUGCCGAAUUGCAUAGAACCUGGCUGAUAUAUGAAUUGGUGGGGAGGACGCCAUUGUUGAAGAUUCCGGGCGAAGCGAGUUGA